GGAGUCUAUGACUCAGGGCCGGAACGUUAAAUCAUUUCCAUGCUUUCUUGCCGUAAGGUACUCGAGGUGACAGCUUCCGUUUCCUGUUGGCGCCGGCUGGAGGGUUGAGUUUUGAGUGUCCUGAGAGGUCAGAUUGCUGUCAGACAUGGCACAUGGACAUGGACAUGAAAAUGGACAUGGACAUGGUCAUGGUCAUGGUAAAAUGGAACUUCCAGAUUAUAGACAAUGGAAGGUAGAAGGGACACCAUUAGAAAUUGUUCAGGAGAAGCUUGCUGCACGAGGGUUAAAGGAUCCAUGGGCCCGCAAUGAAGCUUGGAGAUACAUGGGUGGCUUUGCCCACAAUGUUUCCUUUGUUGGUGCAAUAUUGAAAGGAUUCAAAUGGGGAUUUGCUGCAUUUGUGGUAGCUGCAGGGGCUGAAUAUAUCUGGGAGUCUCAGAAUAAAGAUAAGACUCAUCACUGAAGAAAAUUCCUGGAAGUAUCUUAGCUUCUUCACUCAGAAAAAAAGAUUCCUUCACUGUACCCUACUUGUCUCUUUGUCCCUUAAAGAAUAGUAGUAAGGUUUAAUAAAAGGUUAAAGGA